GACCAGCUAAAGUCUUACACAGCAUGUCGUCUCCCCGGAGGUGCCUCCUCACCGUCCAAACUGUGGGAACUCCUUGUCAACGAGCGAUCUGGGCAGGGCGAGCUGCCCUCCUCUCGAUUCAAUGUGGACGCCUUUUACCAUCCCAAUGGAUCCAACCGGCCAGGAAGUAUGCACAUGAGGGGUGGGUAUUUCUUGCAGGAUGAGGAUAUCCGCAGCUUUGAGAACGAGUUCUUUGGCAUCAACAACCUGGAGGCCAAGUACAUGGAUCCUCAGCAACGAAAGCUCCUCGAGGUGGUCUUUGAGUGUUUUGAGAGUGCUGGUCUGCCGCUCGAAAAGCUGUCGGGUGCGAACGUUGGUUGCUACGUGGGCAAUUUUACCGUGGACUUUCAGCUCAUGCAGCUGCGUGAUGCUGAAUACCUACACCGGUACACGGCUACAGGAAUGGGCACGUCGAUCCUGAGUAACCGAAUCAGCCAUGCAUUCAAUCUCAAGGGUCCCAGCCUGGUUAUUGAUACAGCCUGUUCUUCUUCUCUCUACUGCCUUCACAUCGCUUGUGUGGCUCUGCAAGCCGGCGAAUGUGAGGGGGCGAUUGUGGCAGGGGCCAACCUCAUCCAAACCCCCGAGCAACAUUUGGCCACCAUGAAAGCGGGCGUGUUAUCGCCCACCUCGACAUGUCACACUUUCUCUGACACUGCCGAUGGGUAUGGUCGGGCAGAUGGAGUGGGUGCUCUAUAUCUCAAAAGGCUUGGGGAUGCCCGCCGAGAUGGCGAUCCCAUUCGAUCCAUCAUCCGAGCAAGUGCUAUCAACGCGAAUGGAAAGACGGCAGGCAUCACACUGCCCAGUAGUCUCGGGCAAGCAGAAGUCAUCCGCAAGGCGUACACCAAGGCCGGCCUGUCCCUCGACGAAACCACCUAUAUUGAAUGUCAUGGCACUGGAACUGCGGUGGGCGAUCCGAUUGAAGUCGAGGCUGUGUCCAUAGCGUUCAGGCGUCCAGAAGGGUCUGCGCCUAUCUUGAUUGGAUCGGUCAAGUCCAACCUGGGACACAGCGAAGCAGCCAGUGGUAUCUCCAGCGUCAUCAAGGGUACCCUGGCGCUCGAGCAUGCCUUUAUUCCCCCCACCAUAGGCGUUCAACGACUGAGUCCCAAGAUCAAAUCGAGCAAAUGGAACGUACAAGUGGUGACAAAGGGUCGUGAAUGGCCUGGCGCGGAAUCCACCAAUGUUCGCCGCAUGGGCGUCAAUUCGUUUGGGUACGGAGGAGCCAAUUCUCACAUCAUUCUAGAGGGGGCAUCCUCGCUCCUACAGGGUCUGCCAUUUCCUAAGCAACAGGCCCGCCCUUCCCAGAAACGCACCACCUUUUUGUUCCCCUUAUCAGCCAGCACCCCGGCGGCUCUGGCAGCCCGGUGCCAAGAUCUGGCCAGCUAUGACCUUUCAAGCAAAUCGCUCGCCGACCUUGCGUAUACACUGGGAGAGCGCCGAUCCCAGCUCCGCACUCGUGGGUUCGUAGUGGCCAGCCAGGCUACCUUACAAAAGAAACUGACCGAGGGAGACCUCGUCACAUUGUCCGGGGUCGCCCCGGAGCCCCCUUCCCAGUACGCAUUUGUGUUUACGGGCCAGGGGGCACAGUGGCCUCAGAUGGGCGCUGACCUUCUCCUCGAAUUUCCCGUCUUCUGUGCUGCCCUGGCGGAUCAAGAUGCCGUGCUGCAGUCCUUGCCCAACCCGCCGUCAUGGACUCUGAGCGAUUCUAUCCUCGAACCUCCCGAGACCAGCCAGAUCCACGACGCAAGCCGAUCGCAGCCUGUGUGUAUUGCCGUGCAAGUAGGCCUCGUCGAUCUUUUGUGGUCGUGGAAUAUUCGUCCCGCUACCGUCCUGGGUCACUCGUCCGGGGAGAUCGCGGCUGCAUAUGCGGCAGGUCACUUGUCUCGCGCGCAAGCCAUUUUAGUCGCCUACUAUCGUGGCCUGGCUAUCAAGUCUUUACCGACCGUGGGGUCCAUGGCUGCCGUCGGGCUGUCCAGUGACGCGGCCAGCGUAGAGAUCGCUCGGGCCCAGCUCCAAGGCCAGAUCGUUGUUGCCUGCAUCAACUCCCCAGAGAGUGUCACCCUGUCCGGAGACGAACCGGCGGUCGAUGCCAUAGUCGCCACCCUGCAAGCCCGCAAUAUAUUCGCGCGAAAGCUCAAGACGGGCGGUCGCGCAUAUCACUCUCAUCAUAUGCUGGCCAUUGGGGGCGAAUAUGAGACCCUGAUGGGAGUCGCCUUCAGUGAUCACCGCAUCCCCUCUUUCCAGUAUGCCCGAGGGGCCUCAUUCUUCUCCUCUAUUACCGGGCAGCUCAAGGUCGAUGGCUUCACGGCCGCAUAUUGGCGAGAAAACUUGGAAAAGCCGGUGCGCUUCGUUGACGCUGUCAGCCGGGUGGCCCAGUCCGGGCGCCAUCAGAUGAUCGAGCUGGGCCCUCAUUCCGCCCUCGAGUUGCCCAUCAAGCAGAUCCGUGCCCAGCUACAACUCUCGGCAGAUCAGCUUCCAUACAUCAGUGCGCUUAUCCGAGGUCAAAAUUCCACAGAAAGCGUGCUCUCACUGGCGGGACAGCUCUGGCUGAACAACCAUCCGAUUCAAAUGUCCCUGGUGAACCAUCCCGUCUACUACAAGGGCAACGCUGGCGGCCUGCGACCCCAGGUUCUCCAUGACCUUCCGCCAUAUCGCUGGACAUACGAUACUCUCCUCUGGAACGAAUGUCGGCAGAGCUCCGAGUUCCGCCACCGCCAGCACCGUCGGCAUGAGAUCCUUGGCUCCAAAGUCCCAGCGGGCAAUGCGACCGAGCUGGUGUGGCGCAAUCUGCUGCAUAGCGACGAUGUCCCGUGGCUACUGGAUCACUCUCUGGAGAAAACGGCUGUCUUCCCCGGGGCCGGAUACUUGGCCAUGGCUGCGGAGGCACUGGGUCAAGCUCUCGGCCAGGCCCACUUCGCUGGUCAUACAAUUCAAUUUCAGAAUGUCCAUUUCUUGUCCGCGUUGGCUGUGCCCAGUUCCCAAGCCCCUCCCGUCGAACUCUUCACCAGUCUGCGUCAGACCCCUCAUACCAAAACGGUCUCGUCCAGCAUCUGGUGGGACUUUAGCAUUUCCACCUACGAAGAAGGAACCGCCACCGUUCGGGCCACAGGAUCGGUCAGUCGAUUGGAUUCUCAAGAGGCCCUCCGUCCAGUGUGUGACAUCAACCCGGCUGUGCUCCGGCCCUCCACGGCCGGGGCCUGGUACGAACGCUUUGUUGGUGAGGGGUUGAACUACGGUAAAGCCUUCACCUCCAUCAUGGACGUGUCGGUGCCUUGCUCCCCCACCGAGAGGGCUUGCCGCGCACAGGUCCGCUUCACCCAGCAAUCUCCGGGCAACGAGGGCUAUGAAGCCGAGUACCCCUUCCACCCGAUCCUUCUAGAUGCCAUGGUUCAAGCCGGCAUUAUCGCCACCAGUGCCGGUUGCACACAUGAGAUGAAAGCCUUUGUCCCUACCGCCAUCCGCUGGGCCACGUUUCGAGUGCCAGGCCCCGUCAGUCCGGAGACUAAGUGCUCCAUCAACGCCACCGCGUCGCCCGUCGGCUUCGGUGCCGCUGGCUUCCAGGCCGAUCUAGUCACCUCAGAGAACCAAGUAAUGGCUCAGAUCGAAUGGGGGCGUCUCCGCCAGUAUGAGCCAAAUCGCACGAAGGCCCCUAUCGCCCGUCACCCCAUGCUGCGGGUUCUGUGGAAACCCAAGAUCUAUGGCCUGGAGUUCAUGCGAGAUCUGGACUUUGCUCGCUAUCUGGACAGCUUCGUGGGAGAAACCGGCUCCUCCACCAUGGCCGACGAGGGCUUGUUGAAAUUAAUGGCAACGAUCCACCUGCUCUCGCAUCGCAACCCCCGUCUACGCAUCCUAGAACUGGGAUCUGAUGACUAUGGAUUUACCCUUGCCGCGUUAGCUCUUCUAUCUGCUGACAACGACUACCGCCAUCUCGCCUUCUACAGUACCGGGUACCUUGAUGAGGAACGCCACCUGCACGCGGCUGACUGGGAUCUCAAGGCACACAAGCCAACGGAGACAGAGAGCUUCCCAGUUGUGACUGAUGGCCAGAAGCAGUGGGAUUUGAUCGUGCUGCCAGCCACGCCCUCCGCCACCAGGUACAUGCGCGACCACCUGCACCGCCUUACCAAGUUUCUCUCCUCCGAUGGCGUGGUACUGGCUAAGCCGAUUGUGGGUACAUGGCUGGGCGAGGACAGUUCAAGUGACUAUAAUGCGCUGCGCUCGAGGCUUACCAACGGGGGCGAGGAGAUUCUGCUAGCGAGGUCCCCCACGGCCUCAUCAUUGCCCGAGGUGGCCAAGAACAAACCUCUUGUCGUCAUUGAAAAGGACCCUAGUGCGCUGGGCGAUUCCUUGGUCGCAAUCAAGGGGGCGACGCGCCUAGCUUUUGAUCGGAUCGCUGCGGACUCCGAGACACUUCUGCGCGGCGCUACGGUCAUCUCGCUGAUCGAAGUAAGCCACCCUCUCCUGGCUACCAUCAGCGAUAAUGAGAUGGGCGCCAUCAAAGUCAUCACCGAUAACGCCUCGACCCUCGUCUGGGUCACUAACGGUGACAUUAUGAGUGGGACACGUCCGGACUUUGCCCUGGCAUCCGGGCUAUCCCGAGCGCUGAUGCUCGAACAGCCCUCGUUGCGGUUUCUGACGUACGACAUUGACGAUCCCACCAGGGACCCGUCCCGGUCAACCCACAAUCUUAUGCAGACCCUGCUGGAGAUAAAUGAGCCUCUCGCUGACUUUGAGUACGUGGAGAAGAAUGGAGUGGUACAUAUCAGCCGCUUUAUCCCGGACGACGACCUCAACCGCGAGUUCCGCCAGAGGCAAGGGUCCGAAAUGGUCGAGCUGUCCCUGCAGGAGGCACGGCCAGUGCAGCUGGCGCUGGACCAGCCCGGUCAGCUCGACGGCAUCUAUUUCAAGCAGAUUGGGCUUCCUAGGACUCUGGCACCCGACGAGGUGCAGGUCCAGGUCAAGGCUGUGGGGCUGAACGCCAAAGAUGUCUACGUGCUAGCGGGCAAGGUCGACAGCCGCGAUGCCACCUGCACGCUUGAAUAUAGCGGGGUCGUGGAGCGGGUUGGCGAUGAAGUCGAGGGCCUCCGGGUUGGUGACCGGGUGGUGGCCAUGGCCCCGGGCCAUUUCCGAUCCUCCGAGAUUGUCCCCCAGUGGGCGUGCCAGAAGCUGAGAGAGGAUGAGGAUGAUGCAACGAUGUGUACCCUCCCCCUGGUGUACUCCACAGCCAUCUAUGCACUGAUGAUGCGGGCUCGUCUGCAACCGGGGGAGUCGGUGCUGAUCCACUCGGGCGCGGGUGGAGUGGGCAUUGCCGCCAUCCAAAUCGCGCAGGUCAUCGGGGCGCUGAUCUACACCACCGUGUCGACCGAGGCCAAGAAGCAAUUCCUGGUCACCAACUUCGGCAUCGACCCCGGCCACAUCUUCACCUCCCGGGACGACUCGUUCGCGCGCAACAUCCUCGCCGCCACGGACGGCAAGGGCGUGGACGUGGUGCUGAACUCCCUAACAGGCGACCUCCUUCACGCCAGCUGGCGCUGCUGUGCCGCCUUUGGCCGCUUUAUCGAAAUCGGCAAGCAUGAUCUGGCGGACGACGGCCGCCUGGAGAUGAAUCGCUUCCUUCACAACGCCACUUUCUCGGCCUUUGACUUGGCGGAUCUCUACUACCACCCGCGCGAGUCCUACCGCGAGCUGUGGUCGGGUCUACUCAGCCAGGUAAUUGAUCUCUACCGGUCCCGCCGGAUUGCCAAGGUCGAGCCCAUCCGCGUGUUCAGUGUGUCGGAGAUAAGCAACAGUCUACGGUAUUUCUCGUCGCGCAACCGUAUCGGCAAGGUGGUAGUGAGCCUCGAGAGCGAAUCCACCACCAUCCCCGUGCAAAUCCUCAAAUACCGGACCACCUUCUCGCCCAGUAAGACGUAUCUCAUGGUCGGAUGUCUGGGUGGACUGGGCCGUAGCAUGGCCAAGUGGAUGAUGUCGCGGGGCGCGAGAAAGUUCGUCUUCCUUGGCCGGUCAGGCAUGGACAAGCCCAGUGCGCGGCAACUCAUUGAGGAUCUCGCCCUGCAUGGUGCGCAGUGCAAGGUCAUCCGUGGCGACGUGUGCAACCGGGCUGAUGUCGAGGCUGCCGUUGCAGCCGUGGAUGGAUUGAUAGGAGGCGUGAUUCAGGCUGCCAUGGGUCUUAGCGAAGCCAUUUUCACCGCCAUGUCAAACAAACAAUGGCACACGGGCAUUGACCCCAAGGUGCGCGGAUCAUGGAAUCUGCACCACGCCAUCAAGGGCAAGGACCAAGCACUAGAGUUCUUCCUAAUGACGAGCUCCGUAUCCGGCAGCGUCGGCACCGCCACCGAGUCCAAUUACUGCUCUGGCAACUACUUUCUGGACACCUUCGCGCGGUAUCGUCGAGAACAGGGGCUCCCAGCACAAGCAAUCGGUCUGGGCAUGAUCACCGGCGUCGGCUAUCUCCACGACAACCCGGACAUCCAGGCGCUGCUAGUCCGCAAGGGCAUCCAAGCCAUCACUGAGGACGAGCUUCUCCAAAUGCUCGACAUUACCCUCUCCAACAACCACCUCACCAUCCCUCAUCCAGUCGACCACGGGGCCAACGCCCACGUCCUCACCGGCCUCGAGCCCUUCGGCCUCAUGGCCCUCCGUCAAAAGGGCUUCCAAGUAACCAAUCUCACAUUCCGAGAUCCUCGUGCCGCGAUCCUCUCCCGUGUCAUGGACGACGACGACGCCGCCGCCGCCUCGAAGCCAAAAGACGCAUCAGCCCCCCACCCAGAGCUAGAAGAGAAUCUGCCGCUACCCGAAGCCAUUCAACGAAGUCUAGCCCGGCGAUUGGGCAACUUAGUUCUCCUCCCGCUGGAGAAAGUGCAUGUGAACAAACCGUUGGCGCAGUUUGGCAUGGACAGUAUGAUUGCGUCUGAGUUCCGGACUUGGCUAUUUCGCGUUUUCGACGUGGAUGUUUCGUUCCUCGAGUUGUUGAGUAAGACGGUCACGGUGGCUUCGUUGGCUAAGACAGUGAUGGAGAAGGUUGAGAGGCGUCCAGAAUCCUAAGGUGUCUUCCUUCUUCGUCUGUAUUUGAAUUUGGGAAGGAGUGAAGGUACCAAAGAACCAAAGAAUAUAUAGAUAGAGGAAGGGGGAGAGAACGGACUACUCAGAAAAUGAAAUUGAUGUCUUUCUUUUUCCCUUUCUUUCCUUCUUUAGACAUACUAACAGGAUAAUAGGAGAUAGAGGAGGGGAAACAUAGAUGUAACAAGAAAUACCUCAUACUCCAGAAGAACAGAAUAGUCUAUAA